AUGUCUCGAUUACGUCAAACAAGAGGAUCAGACUCAGAGCUGGCCUAUGCUUCUCCGGCUUCUCCAUUCUGGACCGAGGUCGAGGUCAUUGAAGAUGAGAACCAACGGAACGAGCCUGGGCGUAUGGGAAAUGACGGACGCAAACGAAGAUACCGCGGUUACGCCGACGACAAAGGUGAUACUGUCGAUGGAUUCAUCACAGAAGUUGACCGAGCAGAUGGCCCAUACCUAUGCUCGAUUCCCAUCGAAACAACCCCUGACUUUCGUCCACGCUCCCUCACUGCGCGUGUUUGGAUACCGAGGCCGCGUAUCAUUCAACGAAUUGAAGACAUUCUACAGGAAUUUGGAGUCGAAUAUUCGCAGCCUCCCAAGUUCGUGGGUAGACAAUCUGUCUUAAACCCAGAGCAUGUACCAACUUUCACUUGCGUUGUUUUUUGUGUCGGGAAUAGUUCUCAGUGGCUUGGUGCAGCGAAAAAGAUCUUGAAGCUCAUUAGAGAGGAUGAACAAUUGACUGAGGCUUCUGUGGAACUAUUGAAUCCUUCGUUAAACUAUGCUCCGGUCGAAAACGCACGAAUAUUACAAGUCCCAGAAUCCAUGGAAAUGGACCUCAACAAGGAAUUCGCUAACAUAGUCGGAUAUGGAACUGGUACGCGCACGAAGGGCCAUUUAAUUUCCUGCCUGACUUCAUGUUGGAUCGUCGACGAGUCACGGACAAGUUGA